AUGGCCGAUGCUAAGACCGUUGGCCUCGUGGAUUCCGACUCGGUCCAGAUUAAGAAGGAUCCUAUUUCGAACCAGGAAGAUAGCAAUGAUGUCGAAAACGGCCAUGUGGUGUUGUCGGACGAAACGACGGCCGAUGUCAUCGAUAGCGCCGCCGAGAGGGCGCUCUGUCGCAAAUUCGAUCUCCGUUUACUGCCGGUUCUAGCUAUAAUGUACUUGUUCAAUGCCCUCGAUAAGGGGAACCUAGGAAACGCUCAGACCGCGGGUCUCUCUAAGGACUUGCAUUUCAAAGAUGGGCAAUACAACCAGAUCGUCGGGAUAUUUUUCGUCCCCUAUGUCAUAUUCGCGCCGCCUUUUGCCAUGUUAGGCAAGAAGUUCAGCCCGGCCCGCGUUCUUCCUCUCUUGAUGUUCUGUUUCGGCUCCUUCACUCUGCUCACCUCGGCGACAACAAACUUUGGCGGCAUCUUCGCCCUUCGGUGGUUCCUAGGAAUGGCCGAAUCGGCCUUCUAUCCGCUUGUCAUCUAUUACCAGACCACCUUCUACAGGCGUGGUGAGCUCGCACGGCGUCUAGCUAUCUUCUACGCCGCCUCCAACAUAGCCAACGCCUUUAGCGGUCUCCUUGCUUUCGGUGUCUUCCAAAUAAAAUCCACGCUAGUAGACCAUCCUUGGCGUUGGCUUUUCAUUGUCGAAGGGAGUGCUACGGUGUGCUGUUCGAUAUUUGCCUUCUUCUACCUGCCUCGGAGCGCCGCCGAGGCUCGAUUUCUAACCGAAGAGGAAAAGGCGCUCGCGUAUCGCCGUAUACAGAUCGACAGUUCUUCUGUUGUCAAUGAAAAGUUCUCUCUUAAGGAGUCCCUAAAGGUGUUCAAGAGGCCAACGUCCUAUUGCUUCCUCAUUAUUGAGAUGUGUAUCGGCGUGCCGUUACAAGCAGUCUCGUUGUUCUUACCGCAGAUCGUCCAACGGCUCGUUGACAACACGGUCACGAUCAAUCUGUACACUGUCGCACCAAACGUCACGGGUGCCGUCAUGCUGUUAAUCCUUGCGUUUACAUCUGACGGUCUGCGGGUUCGGUUCCCUUUUGUAUGCCUCGGCUUUGCAUUCACGUUCAUCGGAUUCAUCAUAUAUGCGGCGAUACAGGACGUCCAUGCUCAGAUUCGAUUGGCGUACUUUGCAACCUUUAUGAUGUGCUGGGGAACAUCUGCGCCGUCAGUUCUGCUAAGCACUUGGUAUAACAACAACGUAGCGCACGAGGGUGAGCGACUAACCCUGACUUCGGUCGGCGUUCCGUUAGCGAACCUGAUGGGACUGAUUCCCAGCUACGUAUUUCAAACCAAAGAUGCGCCGAAGUAUACACCUGCUCUUAUCACGACGGCCUGCUUUGGUGCCACUGGAUGCCUCAUCACGGGAUGCUUAGGCCUUUUCAUGCUCUGGGACAACCAACGUCGAAACCGCCGGCAGGGAGUGAAUCUCACUGCGAAAGACGUGCCAACUUUGAAGUUGAGAGACGGUCCAAAAGUGGAGGAGUUUAGAUGGUUCUUGUGA